AAGGGACUUGCCCUGGCUCGUGGAAAGCCGAACUCUCGCCCGGUAGUGGAUGAUUCGUCGCUCUCCUCGUCAGGUCUGCUGGCGCGGGACGCUCCGAUGACCCCGGCUGGAGCCGCCGCCGCCGAGCGGAGCGGGAGGCGAGCAGAGCAGCAGGAGAUGGCGUCUCAGCCGCCGCCUCCACCGAAGCCUUGGGAGACUCGGAGGAUCCCGGGGGCCGGAACAGGACCCGGACCCGGCCCCUCCUUCCAAUCUGCUGAUUUGGGUCCUACUUUAUUGACGAGGCCUGGGCAACCAACUCUUACGAGAGUACCCCCACCAAUUCUUCCAAGGCCAUCACAGCAGACAGGAAACAGCAAUCUGAACACGUUUAGACCUGCUUACACUUCCUUUUCUUCUGGUUAUGGAGCAUAUGGAAAUUCAUUUUAUGGAAGCUACAGUCCUUACAGUUAUGGAUAUAGUGGGUUGGGGUAUAACCGGUUCCGUAUGGAUGAUCUUCCUCCCAGCAGAUUUGUCCAACAAGCCGAAGAAAGCAGCAGAGGUGCAUUUCAGUCCAUUGAGAGUAUUGUGCAUGCAUUUGCUUCUGUCAGUAUGAUGAUGGAUGCCACCUUUUCAGCUGUCUAUAACAGUUUUAGAGCCGUUUUGGAUGUAGCCAAUCAUUUUUCCCGGUUGAAAGUACAUUUCACAAAAGUGUUUUCAGCUUUUGCAUUAGUUAGGACUAUACGGUAUCUCUACAGACGAUUACAGCAGAUGAUGGGUUUAAGAAGAGCCUCUGAGAAUGAGGAUUUGUGGGCAGAAAGUGAAGGUACUGUGGCUUGCCUUGGCCCAGAAGACAGAGCAGCUAACUCAGCAAAAUCUUGGCCAAUAUUCUUGUUCUUUGCUGUUAUCCUUGGGGGUCCUUAUCUUAUCUGGAAACUGCUGUCUACCUACAGUGAGGAAGUAACAGCUACCACCAAUUGGGCGAGCGGUGAGGAUGACCAUGUUGUAGCUAGAGCAGAAUAUGAUUUUGCUGCUGUUUCUGAAGAAGAAAUUUCUUUCCGGGCUGGUGACAUGCUAAACUUAGCACCCAAAGAACAACAGCCCAGAGUUCGUGGCUGGCUUCUUGCCAGCCUUGAUGGCCAAACAACAGGACUUGUGCCAGCUAAUUAUGUCAAAAUUCUUGGUAAAAGAAGAGGUAGGAAAACAGUGGAAUUGAAUAAGAUUACAGAGCAGCGACGAGCUUUUACCAACUCAGCCCUAAUUAGUGGAACCACUGCUGCUGACACAUUGGAGGAGCAGGAAGCUGCCUUUGAAUCUGUUUUUGUUGAAAAUAAUAAGGUUCCAGUUACAUCUGAAUCCACUGGCAAAAGUGGAGAUAAACAAGAUUUUUGAUAUCCUUCAUGUUUACUUACAAUUGAACUGUCUUCAAAAAACACGAUUUUGAUAUUUCUUUAAAAGAAAUAGCCCACAAUCUAAUGCAGACGUGUUUUGGCUAUCAUAGAUGUUUUUGCUGCUAAAAAAAUAUUUAAGUUGUACUUUAGUAAGCUAGUUCAGAACGUGACCUGGUUGCAUUCUACAAGUUAUUGGAGUAGGUUUUCUUAGUCCUGGAUUAAGACUGCCUGUUUCUCAUCAAAUGCCCCAUUGUUUAUUGAAAGAGUUACUUUGAUGAGCUAUAGAAUGUAUUGUUUAUUGGAAUGUAGAACUCUAAUUUUUUAAGACUUCUAAACAGAUUGUCUGAGAAUGCUCAGAAAGUAGGAGAUAAUAUAUAAAAAAAGUAAGAACUAACUUAAAAAAAAAAGAGUUGUUGGUAGUUUUUAAGGAAUUUAACUACCCAAAGUGGGUUAAGGGCAGGUAGCCAGAGAUUUGUCCUUUAAGUAAGAACUCCUGGAUAAUAAGAAUUAUACAACCUUUAUUGCAGCCCAGUUCUGCAUCAUUUGCUUUUAAUUAUAUUUUUCCACCUUUUCAGAAUAAUUUCAUAUUUGUCCUUUUUUAAAUAUCUUGAAAAAUUCACUAAAAGCAUUGGGAAUAAAGUACUUCCUAGAAUGAUUUAAAGACUGCAUGCAACACCAAAUCUCCCCUAGGUAGUUAUAAUCUUUUUUUUUUUUUUUUAACUCCAGAAUGUCUUCAUUUCUUUGUGCUGAGAAUCCUACAUCUUUUGAGCUCUUAAAAAUAUGACUGCUUUUAUGAAAAGAGAGUCAGAGUGUAGUAGAGGUACUUUCCCCCAAAAGCCUGAACAUACAAGCUCUUUGAGGCUGAGUAAAAUUAUUUACCCAGUUCUAGCAGUGGUGUUAUUUAACUUUCUCAUUAAAACUCUGUUUAUAUCUUAGUAUGAUUACUUUUUAAAAUUUCAUGUGCAGAUAGUCCUGCAAAGAUACUAAAAAUGAUACAAGUUAUUUCCUUUAGAUUUAGAAUUUGCAGCUAACAAAGCAAAGCAGAUCACAAAAUACCAUAUUGCCAUUCAGUUAAGUAACCUACUUGAUUUGAAUCUUUGUUUAAAUAAUGAUUUCAAAUGCAACUCAAUUUCAGGGUGCUUAAAUAUCUUAUAGCAAAAUCUGGAGAUUCUUGUAAACCAUGAUCAUAUAUGACAGUGAUUGCUACAAAAUAAUUUUAACACUAAGCUCAAAAUAGUAAAGUACUUUAAGAUGAUGUCUAAAACAGAAUUAUUUGAUAGAAUUAUGAAUUAGUAUGCUUUUACAUUUCUUCUGUUGAACUCUAUGUUCACUGAGUAAUUUUAGAACAGACUCUACAGUAUGAGUAGCCUAAAUGAAAAGAAAUUUACUAAAGGACAUCUCUGAAAUAUGUUUUUUAAAAUAGACAUCAUUUAAAUUAGUACUCCUAUCUGAACAGGAAAAUGGAACAUCUUAGAAUUUUAAAAUGUAUGAGAGAGAUAAAAAGGUGUAGAGAAAAUAAGCUUCCUAAAUAUGUCACUUAGAGAUUCAACCAAGGUAUAUAACAAGUCUUCAAAUAUUAUUUAUCAUUAUUGGUUUUUUCCGAUUUUUGUGGUUCAUUCUUAGAUGUAAUUGCUGGGAUCCAGUUCAUGGAAUCUAAAUCUCAUAUCAAAAUUCUUUCUAAAGCACAUUAGUUAUUUAAUUUGAUAUUGGGACAGCCAAAUUGAAUGGGAGUACAAUGGAAGUAAAAAAGCCCUGAAACUUGGUGGUGGCCUCAUUAAAUUUGAUGGAAGCAUUUAUUUAGUUCCUAGGCUAAGGAUUGUGGUUGCUAUUAAGAAUGAAUAAGGAAUAACAGAGCAUAACGUAAUAAGGUGGAUAAAUAUAGCUUCAUCUUCCAUUGAGGUAGUUCUUAUGUCCUUGAUGUUUUUAGUAUGGUAGGUGGCUAUAUAAAUUACCUGACUAGUGAGUAUAUGUAUGUGUGGGAAUCCCUAUUUUACUGGAAAACCAGGAAGGGAAUUAAGAAUUUUGAGUAAGCAAAGAAAGUCUUUGAAAUUUCUGUUAUCAUGACCUUUACAAUAUAAUUUUUCAGGUAGGGCUAAAUUUGUUUGCUGUUCAGGUCCCCAGUUUUUUUGCCGUAUCAAUUAUUUAAUUAAGGAAUGGAUAUUUUAAAGAAACUAUUAAACAAAACAUUUUCAAGUUAAAUAAUAUGAUCUUCACAUUAUCAAUAAGCAGACAUUUAGCAUUCUCAGUUUUUCUGAUUGUAUUCUUUGACCUAUCAACUUAAAGAAAACAAAGUAAAUAUACUGUAGUUUGUUAGUCAUUUAAUGUUUAAUUUUUAGGUAUCUGAUUUAGUCUAUCACUGUGUCAUAACUAUACAUUAACUUGAAUAAAACUAUAGUUUGUCUUUUGUUUUCUUAAUGAAAAAAAGACAGAAAAUGGAUACAGUUAAAAUAUAUUUUAUUUUUAAAUGAUUGUGAAAUCACAUGUACUGUAUAAAUAAAAGUAAAUUAAAUUUCACUGAUAUUUUCUGCAGGUGACCUGAUAUUCUGUUUCUCAAUCCAGAAGGUAUUAUGAGAAGUGUUUGCUUUUUUUGU